AUGUUUUUACAAAACCCCAUUCCAUCAUUAAUUGCCUUUGAGAAGAUCCGUAAAUCUAUCAUGAAGAAGCCGUUUGAAUGCCAUGUGAUCCCCAAGUAUUAUGCCAUUGAAAACAGCUUAGAGGACAACGAUGAACAGCUGAUCGCCUUGAGGAGAGAUAUUAAGAAGGUAGCGAUGAAUGAGCCUUAUAUGGGAGAAGAGAUUCCACUCCGAUGGCUAUAUUUUGAGGAAAAUCUAGCUGCAGAAGAAAAUUACAUGUCAUUAGAUCAGACCAAGGAACUGAUGCAGCAAGUCAGUAUCACAUCUGAGAGUGAACUUCUCACAAUGCUUACCUUCUACCACGACCUGGGUUACAUAGUCUAUUACGGAGGCAUUGAAGAACAGAAGUCUCUCCUACGGGACAUGGUGAUCCUGAAUCCUCAGUGGCUAAUUGAUGUCUUCAAGCAGGUCAUUACCAUCAUGGAUCAUGCAGACAGGGACUGUCUGCACAGGAUCGUGAAUGAUGCCUGGUCUACUCUUGAGAAGGAUGGUAUCUUAGAGGAUAGAUUGAUUCAGCAUAUGUGGCAAGGCUUCUCGGAUCAGAAGGACACCUUAGUCCAGCUCAUGGCCAAGUUUGAUCUCAUCUGUGAUGCUCCUGUAGAACGAAUCCAGGAAAAGCCACAGUAUGGAGUAGACACUGAGGAGGUUAACUGA